CACGCAGCAUUCACUUGAACCCCGCGCACACGACGCCCGAAGUAGCUUUGCUUUUUGACACGACUUUACGACCCUGAACCUGUAAUUCAUAACGCCCUUAUUCGAUCCACGACAAUCUCCCUACUAUCCGCAUACCCAGUUCACACGCCCCUGUAGCACCGCAGUGACGCGAGCCGCAACAAAGACGAGACGAAUACACGUAACUCUGGGACAAUAUGGGUGGAUACAUUUCCAAAUUCAGCGCUCUCAUCUGGUCCAAGAAGGAGAUUCGGAUAUUGAUCCUUGGGCUGGACAACGCGGGGAAGACCACACUGCUGUACAGAUUAAAGAUUGGUGAGGUUGUCACCACGAUACCCACGAUCGGCUUCAACGUGGAGUCGGUCACAUACAAGAACCUCAACUUCAAUGUCUGGGAUCUCGGAGGUCAGACCUCGAUCCGACCAUACUGGCGGUGCUACUACGCCAACACCGCUGCCGUGAUCUUCGUCAUAGACUCUACCGAUAUCGACCGUCUCUCGACCGCUUCCGAGGAGCUAUCCGCGAUGCUCAACGAGGAAGAGCUGCGGGACGCUGCCCUGCUGGUGUUUGCGAACAAGCAAGAUCAGCCAGGGGCCAAGGGCGCCGGCGAGAUCAGCGAGGCGCUGCGGUUAGGAGAGCUAAAAGACCGGAACUGGAGCAUAGUCGCAUGCUCGGCUGUUGACGGCCGGGGUGUUGACGAGGGCAUGGAUUGGCUUGUGCAAACGGUGAACCAAGACCAGUAGGCAUGCGGUGACAUUUGGGCAUGGCGUAAUUUGGAAGAGGGUAUGACUUCGAGUCCCCAGCAUGGCGGAGUUCCGGCGUUCGCAUAGGCAGCGGUGGGCAGCGUUUGGCACUUGGCCGGAACAAUGCAAGUACCACGUAUAUAUCCCCUAUAUGAUCCGAACACUAUCAAGCACCCACCAUCCUUCAUGUAUCUCCCUUUGAUCUCGUAGGCACCUUGGGCUAUUUCUAAGCACGCAUAAGCUCUUCCACAUGAACGUUAUAGGUACUGAAGAUGAGGCAAGGAGGCAAGGAACCGGGCAUUCGAUAAUCUCU